GGGUCGCUGUCUCUGGCUGCCCUCUUCCCCAUUGUCCCCCUCCAACGCGCCCUGGCCAAUGUCACACCUUUCCCUCUAAUAUCUCCCCAUAUAACUGCAACGAUCUCUUCCUCUGUAUCCUUAGCCCCCGCACCGCUUCAUCGCCUGUACGACCCGCCUCGUCGCCCUGCCGCCGUCUUAGUCAUGGCCACCCCCAUCGUCUCGCCCCAGCCGCGUCCCGCCUUCAACCCGCGGCUGCUCUCCUCAUCGCGUCGACCAGCAACCCCGUCUGCCCAUCCGCAACAGAACGUGCGCGCUCUUCCGCAACGGCGUCUCUUCAGCCCUCCUCGACUCUCGACUCCCCUUGAUCUCUUCGAUCCCCGCGCCAACAAGUCUCCGGUGUCCAAAUCGACACCGUCAUGUAGCGCGACCGCGAAGAGACGUCGGAACAUCACAUUCAACACCGUCCGCUCUCCUCGACGCCGCCAUUGCAUGCGGACCGAGUGCCCGAUGUCUCCCCUACCAGGGCCUGCCUUCUUCGACCACAUCCCAUGGAUCUCGCAGCUCGAGAAGACGCCUACGCUACCCAUGGACAUCGCGGACCUCCCCGUGCCAGAGAGCGACUGUAUGCGCACAACACCGCCGUGCACCGGUCCUGUGCGCACGCGCAGGACAUCGUUGCGGUCGAACCCUCUUGGGCACUCGCCCAACAGGUCUCCUGACUACGCACCUCCUGACCUACACGAGCUGCCCCUAUACGCGUUGCUACCUCCCGAUCGAUUGCCGUCAACGCCCCGCACACCCGUCCGGGCGGCCUUCGAUCCAUCCGAUGUUCGCUUCUGUGGUCUCCACCCUACCCUCGACCAAUACGACGACAGCUGGCGACCAUCUCACGCGCUUUCUCCGUGAACAUCCGGACGAUUCGAUUAACGUCGCGACGCUUUCCACACUACCGCUUAAUUCCAUUUACGCCUGCACGCCAUCUUAAUCUUAAGUCUCUCGUAUUCGCCGCGUAUCUUCACGUCUCUGGCCAUCC